GUAGGUAUUUAUCGAUCUGUUGUUGCGAUGAAGUUAGUGCUAGCGAGUCUCUGCUGCUGCCUGGGGGCGCUGGGAGCGCUGGGGGCGCUGGUCGAGCCCUACGAGCCCCUGGAACUGAACUACCACGAGCGCAUCGGCAUCCCCCUCGCCGACUCCCUCAGGCAGGCGGAGCUCGCGGCUGACUUUGAUGGCAGCAGGAUCAUCAGCGGCUCGCAGGCCGCACUCGGCGCCUACCCUUACAUGGCAGGGCAGAUCAUGACGCUGCAGAACGGCCGCGAGUCUAUCGGCGGGGGCACUCUGAUAAGCAACACGCGGGUGCUGACCGCGGCGCACAACUUAUUCGACGGGCGGCAGAUGGUGCGCCAUGUGACCGUCGUGCUCGGCUCCGUGCACAUCUUCUCCGGCGGCACCAGGAUCACCUCCAACAGGAUGGAACUGCACGGCAGCUACAACACCGCCACCUUACACAACGAUAUCGCCAUCAUCACAAUCAACUGGGUUAACUAUAGCAACACCAUCCGCAAUAUCGGGCUGGCGUCGGGCAGCAACACGUACGCCGGCGCGUGGGCCUGGGCCGCCGGCUUCGGCAAGACCAGUGACGUGGCACCGGCGAGCCCGAACCUGAUGCACGUGCGCGUGCAGGUGAUCACAAACGACGUGUGCCGCAACACCUUCCCCGGCAACUUCGUUAUCGCCUCCACGCUCUGCAUCAGCGGCGCCACCGGCAACAUCUGCACCGGAGACUCCGGCGGCCCGCUCGUCGCCAACAACCUGCUCAUCGGGGUGACGUCAUUCGGCGGGGGACAGUGCGACGCGCGCCGCCCCUCCGGCUUCGCUCGCGUCAGCUCCUUCAACUCAUGGAUCAGAGCGCGCAUGUGAUGCCGCACACCGCAAAAAUAAAUUACUGCUUACAAAAACUA